AUGAGUCAAAUUGCUCAACACCUUGCACUUCCGCAAGCACCAGGAGCCCUCCCAAGCGCAACUGUGACUAAUCCUAAAGACAAUCAAAAAAUCAAUGCCGUCACUACACGGAGAGGGAAACCACUUGAAGUAGUGGAAAAGGAUUCGGAGAGUGAGGACCAAUUGCUUGAAGUGGAGCUGGACAUAAGAGAGAAUGAGGAAGUCGAAAAAGAAGUGCUGGAGCUGAAUAUUUCGUUGUUGGAGGCACUUGAGCAAAUGCCCACCUAUGCCAAAUUCAUGAAGGAUAUCAUCGCUAAAAAGCAAACCAUUGCAGAUCAUCCCAUUAUUCUAACAGAAACUUGUAGUGCUAUUUUGCAGGGCCUGAAGAUUCCAGUGAAAAAGAAAGAUAGAGGAGCAGUUACUAUCCCUUGCACUAUUGGAGAUAGAUCUUUCAAGAGAGCUCUAAUUGACCUGGGGGCAAGUAUCAGUCUCAUGCCUCUAUCCAUCUACAAAAAGUUGGGAAUUGGUGCAAUCCAAGACACUCGAAUGACUCUCCAAUUUGCAGAUCAUUCGGUCAAGCGACCUUACGGAGUAGUCCAAGACGUCCUUGUGAAAGUGGAUAAGUUUGUGUUUCCGGUAGAUUUUGUAAUUCUUGAAAUGCCAGAAGAUGAAGAGAUGCCUAUAAUUCUGGGACGGCCAUUCUUGGAAACGGGGAGAGUCAUGAUAGAUAUGGAUGGGGGCACUUUGACUUUGAAGGUCUAUGAUGAAGAGUUAAAAAUCAAUGUUCAUAAUACCAUGAAGCAUAAAGAGGAUAUUGGCACUAGUAGCAAUAUACAAGUGCUCCAACAAGUGGUAGAAAGUGAUCAUGUGAAGAGUGUAUCACAAUUACCUCUCGAAAGAGUUUUGAGCAUGUCAAUUUUUGGAGAAAAUGAAGAAGCCAAUGAUAAUGACUUGGAGGUGGUAUCAAUGUUGGAAUCUCAACCUAUCUCUAAAGGUUCUCGAACACAUGGGUGGGAAGAUCUAAGGCAACCAAUCGCAUUGGGUUGCAAUGAAGAAAAGCCAAAAAGUUCAGAAUUGAAACAGCUUCCGGAGAAUCUUAAAUAUGAUUCGAAACCCAGACUCCUGAGGUGGAUUUUACUUCUCCAAGAGUUCGAUGUAGAGAUUCGCGACAAGAAAGGGUGUGAAAACACUGUUGCAGAUCACCUUUCGCGAAUGUCACCCAUUGAGGAGACAGAAGAGCGGCGUCCAAUAAAGGAUGAGUUUGCUGAUGAACACAUCCUAGCUGUUAUUGGAGUGCCUUGGUUCUAUCUAUGGGACGACCCAUACCUAUACAAGAGAGGAGUGGAUGGGCUGAUAAGACGAUGUGUGCCUGAGGAGGAGCAAAAGGAUGUGUUGAGAGCAUGUCAUGACUCUGAAUAUGGAGGGCAUUUCAGUGGGGAUCGUACUGCCUCCAAAGUCUUGCAGUCAGGAUUGUACUGGCCAUCAUUGUUCAAAGAUUCCCAAGAGAUGGUAAAAGAAUGUGAUAAGUGUCAGCGUACUUGGAACAUAUAA